AGCAAGAUGAAUCAAAAUCCAUUAUAGCUAGUUUGUGUCUGUUUCGUGUUUAUUGGCAGGAAGUUUAUGAUGUUUAAGUUGCAGCUCGAUUGAUGCUUGCGAGCACUUUUCGUUUUUAUCUUCAAGGACAAGGAAAAUAAAAAAACAUGAAACAAGAGGCCCUGUAUGGGUCUCUCCUUUCCGGUAGUAAUGACCUCCAGGUGGAGCACGCCGCCAAUUCUUCCUCUUUCAUGAUCUACAUGCAGCUUCAUCGACGACGAGGAGCAAAAACAAGAAUCACUUCUUUUUGGCCUAUCAAGUGCAUGGAUCCCGCGGAAACCGAGGUGAAAGAUAUGAAGACCGCAGAAAUGGAGAAGGCGACGGAAGAGUGCCCUGUCACCGGGCGCGAGCCGGACAAUCCAACAAAGUAUGAGGUCGACUUGUACGCAAAGCGGGAAGUCGAGAAGGCCGAGGACGAGCUUCACGGCCUGCGUGAAAAGAGCCGGCAUUUCGCCGGUGACAACCGCUUACAGCGCAUUGAAACGGCUGCGAAACAGGCCCGGGAGAAUGCUAUGGCGAAAAACGCAGGGGAGAAGAAGUUUCGAGAGUCGGAUUUUACGGUGGAAAAAUUCGUGCGGGGAAUUCCGCCCUGGUUGCAGAGCAAGCCCGGAAUGAUGAAAAAAGACGAGACAACUCCGAUGCCGGACCACUGCAAGAACAAAAUGAGACUGUAUGACGCGGAAUCAAAGGUUUCAAGAAAUCAAAACAAAUGUUUUCAUUUUUUGAAUAACGAGACAAAAUGCUAACUCUAACAUCAUGAUGUAACCAGCCAAUAAGUGCGACCACACCAGCACGUCAUUCGUUCCUGCUGAAGGAGUGGAAGUAUUGUGGUCUACCAGUAGACCAUUAACAGUAUGUCCCAUCGCGUGACAAUUAUCCUAUCCAGCAGGUGUAUUGAAGAUUGUCGUUCCAUGUCGUCGCGAUUCGCCCUGACACAACUGAACUGAAGACGCCAAAUCAAUCUAGAACAAGCAAAGUAAAAGUUGAAACACAAAAAAUCAAUCACAGGUGACCUCGCGCCAAUCUCUGAAUGAUAUGAGAGUGCACAAGAACUCAACAAACUCAUUCGACGUGUGGCAUUACUUAACAUAAAAAAGCGCAUGAAAUAGAAAUUGUGGACUGGGCAUGAGAAGUUGACUUAGAACGAGGGGGAGUUGUGCACUCGCAUAAACGAUGCUGACCCGGUAGACCUCGAGCUGCGCAUGACGGACAUGGCAACACACGCCUACUACAUGUGGGUAUGGAAGCGUCAGGAUCGAAGUUGACAAGUGUGGAAAUAGAACUUGCGAUACCAAUAGUUUGGCCCCCGUCAAUUUCUAAGAACAAGCGCAUCACAACCAAAACCCAGUUUGACAUACUGUCUGGGACAAAGAAGACUGGUCUUGUCAUGCUCCGUCGCAGCUCUAAUAUUAGUAAUAUGUAUAACCCUAGGCAGUCUUCCACUUGGCCUAGUUUGCCUGCUCUCUAUCUGUGUCUUGCGCUUUAUGCAUAUCACUUUUUUUUCUUUUUCAGCUAUGUCGAUCUUGAUCCUGAUGGUUCCAUAGUGGGGCCAGGCCAAAUACCUCCUUUCCCUGGUAGCCAUGCACUAUGCCAUGCAAAGAUGUCUUGUGGAAGGUCGGAGACGGACGAGACAUGAAAAACCAUGCAUGGCCAGGAGCGUUGAUUGAUAUUUGGUCAUGGUCUCGUGACAAUGGCACUAUUCCUGUAAAGAACAUUUCCGAUGUCGAAGUUUCCCCCGAAAUGCUGCGCUAUAAUUUUUCGCUCUCUGUCAUGCGGGGGCAGUGCAGCUUGUCAUGCGUACGAAGACGAAGAAACAAAGAACAAGAACACGCGCAACAAGGCGUACAGCUGGUCGCUCGAAAAAUCCUCGUGCACAUUGCCAGUCGCUGCGCACUAGUAUACAUCGCUUUAUGUCGAAGUGUAUCUGUUCUUGCGGUCCUUCUUCUUGUUGCACCUAUGUAUGAUAAUUUUUUUUAUUCGUCAAUCUUCAGCUUUCGGUUUUGCCACACAGACCAACAUACAGGCAGAUUUGCAAUGGAAUCGCGCUCUCCACAAGCGAAAAUGGCUCGGAACCUGGAAAAUGUCGCGCACGACGUAUCCCGAGAAAGGACCUCAUCCCUAUCCAAAUUCGUUAUCACAAACAUGAAGUACCAGAUGCUGGCUUCGGUCAACAUGCAAAACAUCAGCUCCCCGUUGAGUGGAUCCUCAGGAUAGCAUAUGGCGCAGGUGCUCCUGGGAGAUGAAAAAGGCCAUUCCAUGAUGAUCGUGAUAAGGAUGCAAAAAUGCAUAAGGGCGGGCUUUUCUUUUUUUUUUCUGUGGAUACGCAGCCUACGAGUCCUCCAUCAGGGUGAUAAAGGCCGCCGGUAUUCCCCGGAUGAAGACGAGCCCGUAUCUGCCACUGUACGAAACGGGCGUCAAAAAAGCCGGCUUUCUCGACACGGCAAACCCAACAAUCGCGGAAGCUGUACUACAGCUAGCGACUUGUAGGCGCGGCACGACAGAAAAAAUUGACGGCACAGGAGAUGAGGACGAGCGCAGCAGGAGAAUGAAUCAGAGCAAAACAGCACUCAGUGUCUUCAUUUCUACACAGUAUCACUCAUCCUCGCCACAAGAAGCUCUUCAUGGAAAGCUACAGGAAGAGAGAGGCCUAUCGCUAUCUGGUUUCGAGGUCGGCGUUUUUUUCUAAGUACAUAGAUACGUAUCAAACAGGAUGAGGCUCCCUUUUCGAUUCGAAUUAUAAUUCUGCGCAUUUCUAUUUCUCUACAACCGGAAAAGCUUGUGUAUGGUGCACAAAGUGAUUGUAAAUAGAAGUACUUGAUUUACCUUCAAUAUGUGGACGCCGGUGCAGCCCGUGUGCGCAGUCCCUGCUGCGCAAUCGCCAAUGUCCUGUCGCAGCGAAACUAGGUGUGAAGCAAAAAAUACGUCAUGGCUUGUUGAUGUGUUUCAAUAAAAUAAGCCGUACUAGUACUUGAGAGAGGAGCACCUUCUUUGGCAACCUGCUUCUUGUUCGUUGAUUCCGCUUACGUUCCCGUAGUUUUGACUUUAAGUAGAUUUUGAAUUCACAAUAAAAAAACGCGAGGGGUUCUGUAGUCGCUUGCUG